GGCCCGCCACCAUCCCUGACGCCAGCUCGCGGCCCGCCCUCAUUGCGGCGGCCCGCCAACCCGCUGCGGCUGCGCCAUCGGGGACGAGGACACCGGAAGGGCCGGCGAUGUGGCGCGCCUGUGCGGCAGCGGCUUCUGCUGGCGCUGCGGUGGCACGCCGCACUAGCCGGCAAGCUGCGCGGUGGGUGGGGGACGCGGACGGGGCGAGAGCCGACUUGCCGCUGGUGCACCCAAAUCCGUGCUCGCGGGGCCUCGGGCGGCCCGACGGCUGCGGGAGCGUCCAACGCGCGCCGUCGUGCUCGCCCACUUCUGCUCGGUGCCUCGGUGGGCAACCCCCACCGCCCCCGCACCAGCCACUAUGGUCUACAACUGCCCUCAUCUCUACGCGCCGGAGGAUGAGACGGGGAGCACUAGCGGCGGCGGGAGCACGCUGGACCGGUUCCUGGCUUCCUGCGCGAGGUGGGGGCUUCGCCGGCCGCCCUCCUCGUCGGGCAGCCUCGCCAAGCUGGGGUGCUCGCGAGCGUUGCAGUGGUGUUGGUGGUCCUGCAGGAUCUGUCGAAGCCGUGUUCUCUUCCUGCGUAGUACUGCUCUCAGGUUCUGCCAUGGGAAAGCAAAUAUGAUUUGUUUACAACUCUACUACUGUAUUCGAGUAUGAGGCUUCUUAUGUUUGGCUGGGUUCUGUUCUGCAUAUUGAUAGCAUCAUGUCUACAAGGCUAGCUAUUGAGAAUGACUCGCGAUUGAAAUCAGACUGCAUUUUCAGUUUGAUGGAGUGUCAUCAAAUCCAUAUAAUUUAGUAGUUGUCAUAGGUAAGUAACAUCUUUACCUUCCUCUAAUUACUUUUACCUUCUGUUUGUCCUGUAGUACAACAUUUAUAAUACUUCACCUUCACAGUUUGCCAAUCAGAUUUUACUUUUCCUUCCUUUAUAUCAAUUAUUUGUUUCUAAUUUAAUGUGUUCUUUAGAGCUGGAAUAGAUCCUACAUAUCAUGACUUCAGGUCCGUUCUGCUGAUGCCACUACUUCCUCUGUUCUCCAUCCAGUAAUCACUAGGAUUUAAUGUUUGCAAUGUAGAACUUUGAGGAUUCCAAUAAAUGAAUAUAUGACCAUUGCUUUUUUACUAUUUGCCACAUCA